AAAAAAGAAAGAAAGAAACUUGCUUCCAAGCGACUCAAUGGGAGACAGCUGGCUGACAACAAAGUUUUCUAGGACAAAAAUCAGUGUGCUUAUCGUAAGAAGGCGGGGCAUUGGAAAGGGAGGAGCAAAAUCCCAAUCGCCCUUACUUGUGACACUAAUUGAGGAUCCCAGAGCCUGCUGAGGACUGAGAAAAGACCUGACUCCUGGAACCACCACCCCCAUUACUACAGCUGAGCGCUGGCAACUUUUGAAGUGGCAGGGUGGUCCCCAGGAAAGAGGGAGGUUCCCUGCCCCACCCAAGGGAAGAUGGAGCUGAGCAGGGAGAGGAGAAGCUGCAGAAGAGACUGAGGAAGGAAGCAGGAUGGAGCCAGGAGACCUGAGGAGGCGCAUGGAGCCUAGAGACACGUGAAGAAACUGCGCUUGUCUUUUGGUCAUGGACUAGAUGACACAGAUGUGGGCGAGACCCAUGGGGAGGGCAAGGUCCAGGUGGAUAGAACUUUCUGUCCCCAACUUGUCAAGACCGCCUGAAAUUUCUGCUGUCGCACAAGGACAGUGUGACCAGAGCUCAACCGGGAAGAACACAGCCAUGGUUCUCUGGACUACGGUGCUGGGAGCUCUGCUGCUGGCCAUUGUGGGGUACCUGUGCCUGGUGGGGCUGCUCCGGCAACGCAGACCCCAGGAGCCCCCUCUGGACAAAGGUUCCGUGCCCUGGCUGGGCCAUGCUAUGACUUUCCGGAAGAAUAUGUUUGAAUUCCUGAAGGACAUGAAAACCAAGCAUGGGGACAUAUUCACGGUGCAACUAGGGGGUCAGUAUUUCACUUUUGUCAUGGACCCUCUCUCCUAUGGCCCCAUCCUCAAGGAUGCACAGAGGAAACUAGACUUUACUGAGUAUGCGAAAAAACUGGUGAUGCAAGUAUUUGGGUACCAAUCAAACGAGGGAGACCACCAGAUGUUACACUCGGCCAGCACCAAGUACCUCAUGGGGAAUGGUUUGGAGGAGCUCAACCAAGUUAUGCUGGACAGCCUGUCCUUGGUUAUACUGGGGCCCAAGGGCCAGAGCCUGGAGGCCGGUUGCUGGCAUGAAGAUGACCUCUUUCACUUCUCCUACAAGAUCUUGUUCGAGGCCGGUUACCUGGCCUUGUUUGGCCACACAAAGAACAAGGAGCAAGACCUGCUACACGCAGACAUUUUAUUUAAACAGUUCCGCAAGUUUGACCGCCUAUUCCCCAGGUUUGUCUACUCUCUGCUGGGACCCCUUGAGUGGCGAGAGAUAGGCCGUCUCCAGCGUUUCUUCCACAAGAAGCUCUCUGUGGAAGAAGGCCUGCAGAAGGACAGCAUAAGCAGCUGGAUAGCCCACAUGCUUCAGUACCUGAAGGAGCAGGGAGUAGCCUCAGCCAUGCAGGACAAGUUCAACUUUAUGAUGCUCUGGGCCUCCCAGGGAAACACAGGACCUGCUUCUUUCUGGGCCCUCAUUUUCCUCCUGAAGCAUCCAGAAGCCAUGCAAGCUGUGAGGGAGGAGGCCACCCGGGUCCUGGGGGAGAAGAGGAAGUCCUUUGACAUUGAUGUGAGUGUCUUGCGCCAGCUCCCAGUGCUGGACAGCGUGAUGGAGGAGACGCUGAGGCUGGGAGCUGCACCCACGCUUUACAGGGUGGUGCACGGUGACCAGAUGCUAAAGAUGGCCAGCGGAAAGGAAUACCUGCUCCGCUCUGGAGACAUAGUGACCCUCUUCCCUUACCUCUCAGUGCACAUGGACCCUGACAUCCACCCUGAUCCCACUGCCUUCAAGUAUGACCGCUUCCUCAACCCCAAUGGCACCCGAAAAGUGGAUUUCUACAAGGCAGGCAAGAAGAUCCACCACUAUACCAUGCCGUGGGGCUCCGGUGUAUCCAUCUGCCCUGGGAGGUUCUUGGCCCUCAGUGAGAUGAAGCUCUUUAUCCUGCUCAUGGUCACCCACUUUGACCUGGAGCUGGUGGAUUCUGACACACCUGUGCCACCCGUGGACCCCUACCGCUGGGGCUUUGGCACUGCACAGCCCAGUCAUGACGUGCGCUUCCGCUACCGCCUGCGGCUCAAUGAGUGAGCUCUGCCCAGGUAGUCACGGAGCCUGAGCAGAGGGGCUCCUAUGGGGUCUUCACCUCCCCACCCUCUUCUGAAGCUUCAGGCCUCCCUCUCUGCCCCUACCCCUGCCUUGGCUCUGUGGCACUCCCUAUUCCCUACCUCCCCUAUUCCCACCUGGCUUUCUGACCCUCCUGGCCACUUCACAGGCUUAUCAUUCUCUCUAGAAAGCACCAUCUUUUCCAUGCAUUUGCAGCCACUUCCUCUCCCAGGAAGUCCAGUGGAAGGGGAAAAUCUUGUGGGAAACUCAGUUUGGAACAUAAUGCCGGCCUUGACAAUUCCUGUUUACUAUGAGUAACUCUUUCGCAUCUUGCAAAUGUCUGCUUCCACCCUCCCACCCACUGUAUUUUUUUCUUUAACACUCAGCAGUGUCAAGCAGUAGCAGUGAGACAAGCUGCAAGUGUAAUUUUCAUUUCCUAGUUGAUAUAUCUAUAAAGAAGUAAAAACAGGGCCUCCCAGGUGGCGCAGCAGUUGAGCACUGGCCUGCGAAGCUGUCGGCAGCCUCUGCAGUGCCGGUUUGAUCCCCGGCCACAGGGCGAGGGUCCCACAUGGCGCGCAGACCUCUCCUGCCGCCCGCUGCUCCCCUCAGCAGUGUACUUGGUCAGUCUGCCUGUUCUGCUCUCCCCUCUGGCUCUGGUGAAUUCUCUCACCCUCCCGCGCUUCUGACUGUACCCAGUGCAUGUAUAAAUAAAUAAAUCUUUAAAAAAAAAAAAUGUGGUUCCUUUUCCCAUCCCACUGCCAUUUCUGUAGCUUACACCUUGGCUCUUUUCUCCAUACCCAGCCUACAGGGCCCUCCGAUCACCUUAGUGCUAGCGAGUUUUUCUAAAGUGCUUCUGGUUGUCAUAUUUUUACUUUUCUGGCUCCUCCUCAUCUCCACACACUUGACAUUUAAGUCUUGCUACAGCUGGUCCUCAAAUUUUCAGAGUGCAAUUUGACAUUGCCAGUUUUCUCCAAUGUGAACUGUCCAAAAAGUACAGCCGAGUGUGGGCUACUCCUGGAAGCCCACCCAUUUCAUCUUCUGGACAGAAAUGGCCUCCACCCCAUGGGGCUCCCCCAACCCCAUCAGUAAACUAGCCCAUCUGUUCUGUGUUGUAGCUUCCUAUGUCCUAGCUUCCUAGGGCUUGAUAUCUUAGGCCUUCAAUUCUCUAAAUUGUAAAUUAAAUUAUAGAAACCUGACUUCCAGUCAGCUAAUUUACUUCAUGUCCUCAAGUCCUUUCCUCCCCCUCCCUCGCCUCACUCAGCUUUCCAGCAUGUGAAAUAGAGUCAGUGGUGUGC